ACCAAGUCAUCCUUCAUACUACUUUGAUUCUUCACUCUACGAAUUAACCAAUUUUAAAGUUACAAAAGAUUUAGAAUUUAUUUUUUUUUUAUUUUAAUAAGUUAUAAAACAAACUAAUAUAUAAUGUUUUUCCUUAAAGUUAAUUACUUUCUUGUCAUCCUUUUUACAAUUUUAAUUUGUUAUUCAUAUUGUAAAAUUGAAAUUGAAGAAGUAGAUGAAUUUGAAGAAUUUGAUGAUUCUCCAAGUUUUAAUAGUAACAAUAAUGAUAUUAACAACCACGAAAAUAAAGAAGAAUCCUACUCUGCAGAUAAAAUUGAACCUGAUGUUACCAUUGAAGAUGAUGAUGAAUUUGAGCAUUUUAAUGAUGAGGAAGAAUUUGAAGGUUUUGAUACUGAACGGAUACGUGUUGAAGAUAAAGAUCCAAAAAUUACUAUUGCAUCAGUACCUGUACCAUUUCAUACUAAUUGGGCAAAUUAUAUAAUGGAAAUAUUAUUUAUCAUUGGCAUUAUAGCUUAUUUUGCAAAUUUCUUUUAUGGUAGAUCUAAUAAUGCUCGUUUGGCUGAUAUUUGGUUCAAAACUCAUAAGUCAUUAUUGGAUGACAAUUUUUCAUUAGUUGGUGAUGAUGGUAAAAUUGAAAAUGAAAGUAAUGGUCUAAUUAAAGAGACUGAAAGUACAUAUACAUUAUGGUGUAGUGGACGUAUGUGCUGUGAAGGAAUGCUAGUUGAAUUACAAUUUAUUAAGAGGCAAGAUUUAGCUUCCAUGGCAAAUCAGUUUUUAAGACCUUCACGGGAUGAAAUUCAUGUUAAAGUUGAUAUGAACAAAGAAGAUAUGGAUACAUUUGUUUUUUGUGUUGCAUCAAAAAAAACUGCAGCCAGAAUUUCAAAAGAAAUGGCUGACCUUAGUGUAUUUUGCCCCGAACGCAAACCUGGUGCCAAUUAUGGCUUGACUGAUGGAUUUAGUGUUCAUAGUGAAUUAGGAGAAGUUUCCUCUACUAUUUUAGAUGCAAAGACUGUUAACUAUUUAAACAAGUAUGCUGAUGUGAUCGAUUGCCUGCAUUUUUCUGACAGAUAUUCUGGAUUGAAAUUGACUGAUGAUACUAAUGUACCAACAAAGUUACCAGCUACAAAAAAAGUGUUAUUAUUUACUUUUACUAUUCCAACUGAUAAAUAUGCAGAUCCACAAGAUGCCAUAAAUGCUGUACACCCAUUAAUGUCAUUUGUAUUUCAGUGUAUGGAACGUAUUAAACGAUUAAGAAUAAGUAAAGAGGCUAAAAUAAAAGCUGAAAAAAAUAGAUUACGUGUAGAAGAAGCCUUUUUGAAAACUACUCAUGCAGCAAGAGCUGAAGCUGCUGCUGCACGAAAAGAAGAAAAAAGAAGAUUAGAGAAAGAAAGAAUUUUAAAGGAGGAUCCUGAAAAGCAGCGUAAAUGGGAGGAAAAAGAAUUAAAACGACAGCAACGAAAGAAAGCACCAAGAAUGAAACAACUAAAAGUUAAAUCUAUGUAAAGGUACAAUUUUUUACCUUAAUUUUUUGUUAGUUAAUUAAGUUUUUCGAAGAGUAUUUGUUGAAAUUGGAUUCUAACUACUUUUUUGUAAUGGUGUUUUAUUGAUUUUCCAGUUUACUGCCAAGUAAUGUAAAAUUAUUAGUUUUUGUUUUUAGAUAAAUGUUAUUAAAUGUAGUAUUUUGAUAAGUACAAAAUUGUAUUUGAAAUUUGGAUUUUUUUAAUGGAAAAAAAUAAAUAUUGUAACUAUUUUAUGUAUUUAAUUAUAUAAAAUGAAGUAAUAUUAAUGUAGUAACUAAAUGUUCAUUAUUUUAUAAAAAUUAUUAACAAAAAUAAAAAUUUAUGUCUAUGCAUUUCUGAAAAAAUUUUAUUACAUCAAUAAUUUUAAAACUUAUAAUGUAAUAGAAUAGCUCAAAUAUUUAUAUAUAUAUAUAUUUUUUUACAAAUGCAUAGAUAUAAAUAUAGUUUAUUGGUUCAUGAAAGUUUUUAACAAAUGUAUAUCAAAAAGUAUAGUUGAAUAAUAUUCUUCUUUCAUUAAUUUAAUUUCCAAAAUUUUCUAAACUAAAAUUGAAACUAGAGUUAAUGAAAUAAACUCAUAGAUCUAAUGGGAUAGUGAAUAAAUAUUAAAGGGUAAAAACAAUUGAUAAAAAACCAGCAUAGUUAUACAAUUAUAUAUAUAUAUACUUAGAGAUUAUAAUCACAUUUAAAUAAAAAACAUUUCAAUGCAAAUC